AUGAGUCAACAGCCUAGGAAUGACUGGGGUGAAAUGGUUCUCCCAGGUGUAUACAUGCUUCGUCGCACAACUGCUGUGGAAAAGAAAUUAGUUGGGGCUGACGCCGGUAAUGUCCAGAUUGAGAUUAUUCUUCAUGAUAUAGAGGUCAUGCAAAACCACAUUAAUAAGUUAAAGGAGACCAAUGAUGAGAUCCGAGAGUAUAUUAAAAAUAAAGGGUCUCUCGGAAUUUCUGAAAGACCUCCUUCUCCAAGUGGUCAUGAUGUUGAGGUGUGUGACCCAACGGAUAAUAUCACUGUUUUCAAGGAUGCCCUAGUAGAAAAUGAAAUAAUUAUUUCCUCAAAGGAGCGAGAACUAGAGGAACUUAAACGUUUGAUACAACCCAAUCGCUGUGCUUGUCAUUACCACUCAGAUGAGGUGAAAGAUGUAGAAUGUCCAUCUUCUGGUGAUGUCAGAGAUGUUAAUACCCGUGAAGAAGAAGAAGAAGAAGAAGAAGAAAAAGAAGAAGAGGAAGGGGAAGAAGAGGAUGGAGAGGAAGAGGGGGAAGGAGGUGUAGUAAGAAUGUCAAAUGCUUUGUUUUAUCUUUGA